CAUUAGCAUGAGCCUGGGGAGGACAGAACAAGCAAACUACAGGCAUUCUCGUAUAGACAUAUCUCAGCUAAAAUGAUCACAGCAGCUGUGUGGAUUCUACUGUCUGCAGCGUUAUCCCAAAAUACUUCUGGAAGAACAGAUCUUUGGCAACCUAAUAAAAGUCCUUUGUUACUAUUACCGCCUGCUUGGAAUGACACAACGUCGAGCCAUGAGCCCGACUGGUCCCUUGAAAUAUCCAGACAACGGCAUCAGGAUAGAUACGCUGGCCGCCAUCUUUUAUUCGCCAAUCAACAGCGGCAGACGCACAAUGGGAAAUUUGUGGUACAACCAGAUAAAAAAAUUAAAGUAAAAAAUUGCCUUGACAAUAACACGGGGCUGAGGAAACCAAAACUACGUCGCAAUUGUGCGUCACCCACAGCUACUGGCGUGGAGGCGCCUCUCUCUCCGCCAAAUGUCUAUGUAAAUUCACAAAAAUUGUCACAGGACCAGAGCAAAAGUGAGGUUUCUGCAGAUUCCUUUAAUUUUCACCAAAUUAACCCACUUCAAGACAAAAUACUGAGUGAUCCACAGGACAUGUUCACCGGUGGUAUGACCAACGCAUAUAACAUAUUGGAUCACGAUAGUAACCGGCCGAGUAAAAUCAACCCGCAAAGAACUGGUGAAGGCUUCCGGAACUACACAAAGCAAUCUUGGAUAACUAAUCGGCAUCCGUCUAGCCUCCUUUACCAGUUCAGUCCAUUUAAAAAAGGAUCCGAAAGUAAAGAGAAAAUAUGUCUGAAUGAAUGUCACAAGGAGAAGGAUGAAAGAGACUCUUACUGUAACAGUGAUUUCGCGCUCAAUGGAAUAGUUCACAACGUGGAAACACUCAGCAAAGGGACGCACCUUCUGACACUUCUCGUGAACAGCGCAGGGCUGUACAAGAUGAAUCGGCUCUAUAUAACUCCUGACGGGUUCUUCUUUAGAAUAAAGAUUUUGGCUGUGGAUACAUUAAGAUGCCAUAAACCCUGCCUUGACUUCAAACUAGGAAGCCGGUAUAUUGUGAUGGGCCAAGUCUACCACAAAAGAUUGGAGCUACCAUUGGCAAUACAGCGGCUGGCUAACGGGCGCCUGAGGCCGGGUGAUGGACUGGUGAGAAGUAGCAGUUAUGUAAGGAGGUUUAACAGAAGAAAAGAUCGCAAGGUGCUUGCCAUCACACACUCCAAAUGCAAGUGAUUCGUUGGAAUUUAAAAGAACACAGUAGAUCCUGAGUUAUAUAUCACACAAUUCUUUAUUCACUGGGAUUCUGCCAAUAGCAAUUCAGUAGUUACUCGCAUGUAAAGAGACUAAUAUAUGAUGCACUGUUGGGGGAAUUGGGGACAGAGUAUUAAAAGAUUAAAUGGC